AUGAUAGACUCACCUCUACCCCUCAACAUAUCCGACCUCAUCCUCACAAGCCUUCACUUCCUCUACAUCAGCCUGACCACCAUUCUCCUCUGCCUCGCCAGCUACAUCCCCACCUACUUCUCCAUCACCUUCUAUAUUGCCACCUUGAGCUACCUUUGUCCGCGACCAGCCUUUGACGACUUGUACUGGACCCUGCGCACUUGCCUCUACGGCCUCAGCUUCUUCUUCCACUUUGCUGUGUUGCGCCUUUUUGCACUGCCCUUUGAGUCAAAUGAUCGUUAUGUUGCGCCUAGCACUGCAUGGGCUUGUGCUUGGACUGUUGCGUUAGCUCUUGUGGCCACGACUACGGUUUUUGUCGUCGCUGUUGUUGUUUUCAAGCCUUUGCAGUUGCUCGGGUGGUGGCCAGAGGAGAAAGCUACGCAGUCUUGGGUUUACGAUUCUUCGAAGCCGAACAAUGGUGUAACAGCCCCAAUCGUGAGGUUGGAGGUCAAGGAUGGUGGUAUGAUUGGAGGGCUGUGCGAGUGUGUUGACGAUGAGGCGGAGGUCACGAUUAGGUCUCUAUGUGAGGAUGUCCCAGCUGGGAAGACGGUUAUGCUUAUCAACGGCCACAAGUUCAAGGCAUGGUUGUUGCUCCCUCUACCCAAGGGCCCAGAACUACUCAAAGGGAAAGAGAAGGUCGAGACUAGUACCUCUACAACUAACAUUAUGGUGACCGGGGUCUGGAAGUAUUCUGUGUAA